CGCCGGCUGCCUAACGGUGGCCUUGCUAGCCAGCCUUCGCCUCCUCCGUGGACACCAUCGCCGCGCGAUGUCGAUCCCAUACGUCGCGGCGGAGACGGCAGAGACCAAGGCCGACGCGGACUGGCACCAUCCGCAAAGACGCUGGCCGCGGCUGCUCCACAUGUCGGCGGCGGCGGCUGCUGCUCUCAUCCUCCUCCGGCUCGCUCUCGCGUGGACGGCGUCAGAGGAAACGAGAGUCGUCUACUUGAUGCGACAUGGCGAGAAGACCUUCAACAAGCGCAACAAAACCGCCUACCUCUACGCCUGCCUCAGCGAGAAGGGCUGGGCCCGUGCUUAUAACCUCAAGGCGCUCUUCGGCCCGCAGCCAUCUCCGCCGUUCCGCACGCCGAGCGCGCUCUUCGCGGGCAACUACUCCAAUCCUUCGGACUGCCGCGACGAGCACGGCUGGUACCGCACGCAGACCACCAUCGCUCCUCUCGCGGCCGCGUCGCCAGGCGGCCUCGACCUCGCCGUCGAGAGUGGGACAGGCUGGCUGCCAACUCUCUGUGCUGCAGAGGAGCGAGGGCACUGCAGGCAGGCGGCCAAGCCCGGCAGCUCGCCUCACGACUACGGCGUCUGCUGCAACACCGCGGCGGCUAGGCGGGUCAAGGCGCCGGCCCAUGUCGCCGCCCGCACCUCGGCAGCACCUCGUCGGCACAUCACGGCCCCAUCUCGGCUACACGUCGGCUACACGUCGGCUGCGCGACGGCACGCCGGCGAGGGUGCGUUGACGGAUGAGUCAACAAACGCAGGGGGUGGCUCGCCCGGCACGGCGUCUAGUGAAUGUGAAUUAACAUGCUGAUUCAAUGCAGGAGCGGCUCGCCCAGCACGGCGUCGGCGCGGUGCUGGUCGCUUGGGAGCACGCAAACAUCGGCCUUCCUCUGGCGGCGGAGGGGCGGGCACGUGUCGGAGGGGCGAGCUACUCACGCGCACGGGCGCGGAGUAGGCUACCUGGCAGAGGAGCUCGGCGCGCCGGCGCACGAGCUGGCCUGGCCCGACCCGGAGUUUGACCUGAUCUUUGCGCUGCACUUCCGCCCCUCGGGCGAGUACCUGCGGCUCGAGAGGCUCUACCAGGGCUUCACGCACCACACCCAAGGCUACCUCGGGCCUCAGGAGAGCUGCGGCGCGGUGGCGCCGCUCGAGUUCGAGCACGACCCGGACGCCUACAGCGCGGCGCAGGACGAGCUCUCUGCCUCCGGCUGAGCCUUCCUAGGAGCCUUCCGGACGCAAGAGGCAAGAGCUGGCCGCUUUGGGCGCAUGUGUUCAUUGUUGCCCGUUUCAUUCGCGUCGUACUCGUACUCGUACUAGCAUGGACCAUGGUGCAUAGCAGCCAAUUUUCGGUCAGGCGACAGCCAGUUCUCGGUGUCGGUCAGGCGAUCAAUAUAUUCAAUAUUUCC